UCACUUUUUCUCCGAACACAUCAGACUUAUUAUUUUUCUUCUUCCUCCUCCUCUUCUCAGUCUUCUUCAACUGAAAACAAACAGAAACUAAGGCUUCAAAGUCACAAUGGCGGAAACAACAACAACAACAACAGCAAAGACCAGCUCCAAAGGCCACGUCUUGGUCUUACCUUACCCAGUCCAAGGCCACCUCAACCCAAUGGUCCAGUUCGCUAAACGCCUAGUCUCCAAAGGCCUCAAAGUCACAAUCGCCACCACCACCUACACCGCCUCCUCCAUCUCCACCCCCUCCGUCUCCGUCGAACCAAUCUCCGACGGCCACGACUUCAUCCCCAUAGGCGUCCCCGGCGUCAGCAUCGACGCCUACUCCGAAUCCUUCAAGCUCCACGGCUCCCAAACCUUAACCCGCGUAAUCUCCAAAUUCAAAUCCACAGAUUCACCCAUCGAUUCUUUAGUCUACGACUCUUUCCUCCCGUGGGGACUCGAAGUCGCGAGAUCUAACUCCCUCUCAGCUGCUGCUUUCUUCACCAACAACCUCACCGUUUGCUCUGUCCUUCGCAAAUUCGCCUCCGGUGAGUUUCCUCUCCCCGCUGAUCCCGCUUCCGCGCCGUAUCUCGUCCGUGGCUUGCCGGCUUUGAGCUACGACGAGCUUCCUUCCUUCGUCGGACGUCACUCGUCGAGCCACGCGGAGCACGGGAGGGUUCUUCUGAAUCAGUUUCGUAACCACGAAGAUGCUGAUUGGCUGUUCGUCAACGGCUUCGAAGGGUUAGAGACACAAGGUUGUGAAGUUGGAGAAUCAGAGGCGAUGAAGGCGACGUUGAUCGGACCUAUGAUCCCAUCUGCUUAUCUUGACGGCCGAAUCAAAGACGAUAAAGGCUAUGGCUCGAGCCUGAUGAAGCCGCUCUCGGAGGAGUGUAUGGAGUGGUUAGACACUAAGCUGAGUAAGUCAGUGGUUUUUGUUUCGUUUGGUUCCUUUGGGAUCCUCUUUGAGAAGCAACUCGCUGAGGUAGCAACGGCGUUACAAGAAUCGAACUUUAACUUCUUGUGGGUGAUUAAAGAAGCUCAUAUAGCGAAGUUACCAGAAGGGUUUGUGGAAGCUACCAAAGACAGAGCGUUGCUUGUUUCUUGGUGUAACCAGCUUGAGGUUUUAGCUCAUGGAUCUAUAGGUUGUUUUUUGACUCACUGCGGUUGGAACUCGACGCUGGAAGGGUUGAGUUUGGGAGUUCCGAUGGUGGGUGUGCCGCAGUGGAGUGAUCAGAUGAAUGAUGCUAAGUUUGUGGAGGAGGUUUGGAGAGUUGGGUAUAGAGCGAAAGAGGAAGCUGGGGGAGGAGUUGUGAAGAGCGAUGAGGUGGUGAGGUGUUUGAAAGGAGUGAUGGAAGGAGAGAGUAGUGUGGAGAUUAGAGAGAGUUCUAAGAAGUGGAAAGAUUUGGCUGUGAAGGCGAUGAGUGAAGGAGGAAGCUCUGAUCGGAGCAUUAAUGAGUUUGUGGAGAGUUUAGGGAAGAAACAUUGAGAGGUAACGAGAUUUGUAAAUCUUGUGUGUGUUAUUGUUGUUGCUCAAGAGCAUUGUACGGAGAUGAUUGUCAUUCAGUAAUAUGAAUAAACCAAUUGUGAUAUACUUUUCCUA